AUGGCCUCGACCAGCACGGCCUCCAAGCCGAUCCAGAAGAUCCUGGACUCGACCAGAAUCGCUUCGUUGAGGAAAUUCGUACGACACCCGCCCGUUGAUUCGACAAAGCCAAUCCAAGGAAAGAUCCGAGAGGCAACAUCGAAUGCAUUCAAGGAACACGUGAAGCGGGAAGGGGUGCGGUUGCAAAAGGCGCUGAAUUCGAUCUCUCACGGGAAGCACAUUUUUGUCUACCACAAUGUUCAAACGAAGCAGGUUGUGUACUCCCUGACCCGUUAUCUGGAGGAAAGCAAUGUCCUGCGCCAAAUGGUCUAUCAUGGCAAGAAGACUGUUCCCGCCGAGCUCCGCCGUGAUAUGUGGACGCCGUACUACUCUGUCCACUUCGGCGACGCUCGCCUCGGCCUGCGAGCCUACCAGCUGCUCCGCGAGUUCUCGAUGCGGCGACAACUGUCCCCUCCCCCUGAGAUGAUCACAGUGAGCGAAGAGUUCCUGGCCUCGAGACGGCCAAAGGACCCCACCGAUGCGGAGGAAUACGACAGGAUGAACAAGAAGAGGAUUGGUCAUCCAAUGGAGAAGAAGGAGCGCGCGCGGGUCCUAAUGGACCAGAAGGCGACCUCGGUCGCCGACAUCGCCGCUGUGCUGGAAAUUCAGAAGCAAGAAAUAAAGGAAGGGCUCUUGGACAAAGAACAAUGGCGCCAGAAGCAGUUUCGCAGUCAGAGAAGGCGUCAGCGUGAGGCUAUGGACCGCGAGGCCGAGCAGGCUGAGCAGCAUAAUGCCCGCAUUAAGGCACUCGAACAGCAGUUGAGUGAACGUGCUGGGGCUGAGGUGAAGAUUGGCGAGGUUGGUGACUAUCCGGAGUCGCCAGAGAAUGUCAAGAUCCUCUGGCGCGAUGUGCACGAUGCGAACUAUGCCGCCUCGUGGCCUGAGGAGGUCCAGCAUGGCGAGCUAGAACUGAAGCGCGACAACAUCAUCGGUGUGGAGCGCUCAUGA